CAGACUCUCACAGUUUGCACAGCUGUCGACAAGGCCAGUCAGGAGCUUGGUCUCAAGCAACGUAGAGACCUUCUCCGUCUGAACGUGGGGGCGCUGAAGUCCACGUCGCCUCUUCUGGGGCAUGUCAGUCUCUUUGAGGGCAUGCCAGUCAUCCUGCGCAGCCAUAACCUAUCCACAGACCUUGGAAUCACCAAUGGUGCACAGGGGAUAGUGCGAAAAAUAUUCACCGCACUAUGUCCUGCAGGGUUCAUGUAUGCCACUUGUAUGUUGGUGGAGUUCACGCACAGCAAGGUACACCUGACUGGCCUGCCCAUUGGAUAUUAUCCGAUCAUUCCAUCAACGUGGACAUUUACCACAUCCAUUGUUAGUGACGAUGGUAACACAGAGAAGAUACAAAUAACCAGACAUCAGCUUCCCAUCCAACCAGCUUUCGCAGUCACUGGGCACUCGGCACAAGGGAAGACACUGCCCCAUGUCCUU